AUGCUUCCUAUUAGAUUCUACUUCCCGAUGAUCAAAAGACCGCUAGCUUUUCCAGCUUUCAAAUCGCUUGCUAAAGAGCGUCUGAGGGUAAGGACAUUCUGUAGCACGAGCACCUUUUUGCAAAACGCUGCUGCUUCUGAAGGGAAAAAGCUAGAUACGACCCCACUGAAGCUGUCAAAUGAACUCUAUGCUAUUUUAAGAGUACAUAACCGUCCAUAUCUACUCACAUUGGGUGAUAAGCUUGUCUUACCAUUCAAGCUGAAGCAGGCGGAGGUAGGUGAUGUCUUGGACUUCAACGAUGUCACUACCGUUGGAUCUCGGAACUACAAGCUCGUUGAUGAUCCAAUUGAUCCUUCACUUUUCAGCCUGAAGGCAGUUGUGCUCGAAAAAACCAAGAGAGCAUUUCAAGUACGGGAAGUUACAAAGAGGAGAAAUAGGAAAGUGCGCCAUGCAAAGAGUAAAGGUGAUCUGACAGUUUUAAGAAUAUCAGAGCUAAAGCUUAAUUAG